CAAAACCACAACAUCAGAUGUUUACUCGUCUAGCGCAAUUAAAUCAUUAAUACCCGCUGACUGGCGCAAAAAGUUCGAAAACAUUCCAUCGCCCACAGCAAUUUGAUGAUCGGCGUGAUUUCGACCGUGUCAACUGUUGAUUUGCAUCCGUAAUUCACACCAUAGCUCCCAGCGACAACGUAGCAACAUAAUUGAUUAAAAUAAUUAGUUGCUUUAUCAGCGUGCGCUGUAGCAUCGGACACAUCUUCCAAUUCGGGUGCGACACAUCAUCGCCAACGUCUCAACCAUUAGAAUCGAAGUUGCAAUUCAAGUUCUACUCAACUUUCGUAAAGAUUAGACGUGAUUCUGGUCAACAAUGGCUUUCGCAGUGGGUGUGAUUAACUUCCUGCUAACAUUCUCUUGUUUUUGUGGCUUGGCAUUAUCCAUCUAUGCUUAUACAGUGGAAUUGCAAGCUUCGGUGAAUGAAAACUAUGAAGCCAUGUGUGAUAUUAGUGAGCAUAUGAGUUGUUCAAAAGUCUUCACCUCUCAAUAUGGCAAAGGUUUUGGUUUCAUUGGGAAGUUACUUGGUGAAAAGUCUCCUUUGAAUGUUCCAAACAGUUUGGUUGGUAUUAUGGCCUACAGUCUGCUUGCCACACUAGCUCAGUCGAACUCACUUUUCAUCACCAAAAUGAGUUAUGUGUUGGUACUGGUGUCAAACCUGUUCUCACUCUACUUUGCCUACAUUCUCUACUUUGUUCUCUAUGAUUUCUGCGUGGUCUGCGUAUCGACAUAUGUCGUGAACUUCCUCAACAUGUGUCUUACAUUGUUGAAACUCAAGAAAUUGGAUAAGGCAGCCAAGGUGGACAGCAAGAAGAAGCGUAAAUAGACGCUGAAAUUGGCGUAAAUAUGUUUUUUGUUAUUGGUUGAUUUUUUAUUUUUAUAUUGUUAUUAAUUUUUCUUCAAUCAGCUGCGGCCAAAAAUAGAUAUAGCUUCAUUUACACUGAAAAUACUUUAAAAUGAAUGUGAUUUAUUCUAAGUUGUAGACAUUUACUAUAGGCAACCGAACAUACACCAGUCAACAAGUAUAUUUCAGGAAAGAAAAGGCCUUAAAAUUUAUAUAAUAAUGUCGAACAGCUCUUAGUUAGCUCUUUGGAAUGCAUUUUGUUAGUAUGUUUAUAUUGUGAUUGUAAACUACAGCCAAAAAUAGAUGUAACUGCAUUUAAAUUAUGAAUCACUAAAAUAAAUGAAUGUCUGAAUUA